GAAGAAAGGAUCCCUCGUCGUAUUGGCCCGAACACCUUUCAUCUACUCGCUCAUGCAUCGAGCAGCAAGGGGCUUCUGUUUGUACAGAUCAUCACAUCAUACAUGAUCAAACUGUUUGCCACAAGCAUACAUGUAGCUACCGAACUAUUAAAUGGAUCAUAUUGUAGUUGGAGGUAGAUGACAUUCAUGUGGCGCGCUUAGGAUUGGUAUGAUCGUGAACUGUUAAGCUAGAAGAUCGUCCACCAGUUUCCAUAGUUUCUCAAAAACCCGUCUCUAUCAAAGGAAAGCUUCCAUGCAGUUUUGUCUACGGUUCAAUGAAAAGGGAAUCUUUGCUGAUGACGAUACAAACCGAUGGGGAUCAGUGUUAUAAAGAUGGUGACCAUGAAACAACAUGUGCAAUAUGAUGAUAGGACUAUCGACUGUCUACAAAUUUAGACCUCAAAUCACUACAAUACAUUUAUGUUCUUGAAACGAAACAUAUCAAAUAUCUAACUCUGUCCUUGUUUGAGUCAGUUUAAAACAAUGAUGAGACGUUUAAAAACUUCUCUCGUGAUCUCUUUAACCGCGGGAUUUUGUAAUUGAUGCAAUCACUUUACUGUUUUAAUGACUGAGGUGCAUUCACCCAUGAGAAUUAACAGUUACUCAGCGAGCUUCGUCACCAUUGAAGUUCGUUCUUUGAAAGCCGCAAAGAGCGUCAAGAGCGAUCAAUAAUUAGCAUCAAUACAAUCUUGAAAACAAUAGACUAGCCCAUUUUAUUACAAGCUCGAAUUGUUGUUAAUGAUGAUGAUGAAGAUGGUGUGAUGCCCGAGGUAUCGACCUUCUACAUCUUCAUGAUCUUGUGGAUCGACUCUUGAAGACAAUGGAUGUCAACCAAUCCAAACAAGGACGUUCUGAUAGGGAUCGUGUGAGGAUCGAUGGGUAUCAAACAGGGGUGGAGGUUGUGGAGGGUGUAGAGAUUGAAAUCAUUUCCCUGGAGCAAGUCAUGGAUGAUAAUCCCGCCGUUGCAGCUGAUGCUGGUGAGGUUGUUGAUGGUGGCAGCGUUACUAUGGAGAUUGGAAACGGGGAUGACGCGUUUGGUUGGAAUCAGCAAGGAGGAGUAAGAGGAGGAGUCGGAGGAGGGAUAGAUAAUGGUAUCAGCAGACUAUGUGAUUUAACAUCAGCGAUGGACCACAGUGACGACAACAAUAACCCAAUGAAUCAUCUUGACCAAGACAUGGACUCGACAGAUGGCAGCCACUUCGACUUCGGUUUGGAAGACGACCUUCGAAUAAGGCUGUCGUCCGUAGGAAGUGGUCAUGACGAUUUAAUAAAGGGUUCGACAAGGCCUAGCUCGUCGAGAUCGUAUGUGGUCGGCGGAGAACUAAUUAACGUCGAUGGUCACGACAAUGAUGAUGUAUUCGACGAAGAAGUAAGAAUAACUAUCGUGUUUUUUCUCACAAUUCUGAGUUUGCAGUUCUUCUUUCUCUUCCAAGUAUCGUCUGCGUACUUUUCUGGCUUAUAA